CCGCCAUCUAUAAUUCCAAUCAACCUCCACCUUCUCACAAACCGAACCCAAUCACUCACUCAAACACCCUCAUACCCCCCUUUCCCAGUUCUUUAACAUAAUAGAACCAAUGCAAUGACCACCCCCCAAACCAAACCCCCCGCAACCCCAACCUACAUCCUCCGCGGCCACGCCGCCCAGAUCCACAGCCUGCACAUCUACCACCAUAACCUGCGCUUAGUGUCCGGUGACGCCGACGGCUGGAUCGCCGUCUGGGAUCUGGUCUCGAAGCGGCCCAUUGCCGUGUGGAAGGCGCACGACGGCGCCGUUCUGGGUGUUUAUGCCCGGUUUCGGGGGGAUGGGAGUAGUGGGGUUACGGAGGUUUUUACACAUGGCCGCGAUCACAAGUUGAGGGUGUGGCGGUUCAGUGUUGCUGAGGAGGUAGAUUUGCGGAGGGGGUUGCCGGUCGAUUCUCUUGGGGUUGCUGCUUCCACGGGCCCUCCGGCGGAGACGGGAGGAGAGGCAGGGCAAGGCGCAGGUGCGGGUGCGGGCGCGGGCAGGCAGCCGUGGUUGGUGCACUCGCUGCCUGUGAACGCGUUGAACUUUUGUGCCUUUGCGUGGGUGGAUCUCCCCGCGCUGCUGUCUGGGCCGGUGGCUGUGCCUUCGGAUGGGGAUGGGGAUGGGGAUGGAGGAGCGGAGGCCGAGCCUGAGCCUCCGUCCCGGGACAAGUCCCCCUCCCCCGUACUCAUCGCCGUCCCCAACGCCCUCAACUCCGGCGCCAUCGACCUGUUCCACCUCCCCACCGAGCGGCGCGUCUGCACCAUCCCCGCCGACGGCGAGGUCAAAACCGGCAUGGUCAUGGCGCUUACCCUCUUUCUUAGCCCCGAGGGGCGGGACCUCCACGUCGCGGCCGCGUACGAGGACGGCAGCGUGAUGGUCUUCCGGUCUCCCGUCCCCUUCCAGGGUCUGGGUCCGCAGCAGCAGCAGCAGCAGGGUCUUGCAGCGGGCAGCUGGAAAUGGGAGAAGCUGUACGCGAGCCGCGCGCACGACCAGCCGGUGCUAUCGAUCGAUGCUGCUCCGUCUGGCGAGUGGGUGUUCUCGUCCGCGGCCGAUGCGAAGGUCGUUAUGCAUCCUUUUCUUCGGAAAGCUGGCGCUGGGGGCUUGGCGAGGGAGCAGCCGGCCAAGGUGGUGAAGACGCGGCAUGCCGGGCAGCAGGGGCUGAGGGUGCGGUCCGAUGGGCGCAUCUUGGCGACGGCCGGGUGGGAUUCCAGGGUCCGGGUUUAUUCGUGUAAGACGCUGAAGGAGGUGGCGGUUUUGAAGUGGCAUAGGGAGGGGUGUUAUGCUGUUGC